ACUGGUUUGAAGCAAUUAGCACUGGGGUACUAACUGUCGUAGGUUUUCAUUUGUAGAGCAGCGCGGGACUUUCAUCAGGUGUGUUCCUUUGUAAAUGUAUUUUGUAGAAAGUACGCUAAUUUCUUCGUGUACGGGAUGUGGACAUCAGAUUCUUGACCGUUUCUUUUUGCGGGUAUCCCCGGAUAUGGAGUGGCACGCGGCAUGUUUGGAGUGCGCCGAGUGUAAGAAGUCUUUGGAGGAGUCAGGUACCUGCUUUGUGAAGGAUGGCAAAACUCUCUGUAAAGAAGACUACUACAGGUUAUAUGGAAUUAAGUGCGGGAAAUGUCAAAAAGUGUUCAACAAAGAGGACUUGGUGAUGAGGACUCGCAUGCAGAUCUACCACUUUGAUUGCUUUCGAUGUGAAAGCUGCGACCUCCACUUACUCCCGGGAGAUCGGUUCCACCUGCGGGAUGGACACCUGCUGUGCACUGCAGAUCAUGACGCUUUUGAAACGCGGAGUGAAGAGAGCAAGGACGAAUUGUCUCAACAUCUGGACGUGCCUAUUAAGCGCGCCUCAACACCACCACAGAGGACCACUCGGGUUAGGACCGUCCUAAGCAAGAAACAGCUGCAUAUGCUACAGACCUGUUACAACGCGAACCCCCGGCCAGACGCCUUGGUCAAGGAGCAGUUAGUGGAGAUGACGGGCCUGAGCUCCAGAGUCAUCCGUGUUUGGUUCCAGAACAAGAGGUGCAAAGACAAAAAAAGGCACCUGCACCCAACUCCGACACAGACCGCCCAAAAGACAUCUCCGCCAGGGGAGGCAGACUCCAGGUUAAUGCCUUCCCAGAUGCUGGAGACUCCCUGCACCAGUCUGGUUUCCAGUCCAGUUUCCAGUGGGAUCCAGUAA